AUGGGAGGAGCACUGGACCCUACACAUGGGGAUUUUCCCUGUGACCACAAGACUUCAAGAUAAGAUGUUUUGGGUAUUCCCCAGUCUGCCUCCAGAAAUAUCACUCUACAAGCAGUAGCAGUUUCAUUCUGCUGUCAUAGUCCAUUCUGCAAAGACGUGCACUGCUGCUGCUGCUCUGUGAUUUGAAGCAGUAAGAACCAUGUCUUUGGUAUUCUAUGCUCUGCUCAUCAUCCUGUGUAGUGUUCGGUGCUUGAUCCAUGGCGUUUCUAUGACAGUCCCAGACAUUGCUGUGAGAUGUGCUGAAGAAGCUCUGCUGCCCUGUAAAAUUCUCCGGGACACCUCAAUCACCUACCAGAGAGCAUCUUGGUAUAAAAUGGCUGGAGAUGACGAAGGAAUAGCAUGGAAAGUCCUUGAUGUGGAAUCUCAUUAUCCAAAAGUUGGGGGGUCCCUGGAGCUGUCCAAUGACACCUACUUCUCACUGAAGAUCAAAAAUGCAACCACCCAAAACAGCGGGAUGUAUAAGUGUGCUUUGAUGGAACAGCAUGGAGAACAUAAUUUGAGCAGUACAGUCACACUAAAAGUAACAGGUUGUCCUGGAAUAGAAGAUGAAAAAUUGAAAAAAUACAAGACUGAGCUUUUCAUGCUGACUUGCCUUGCGAUUUUUUACUUGCUGCUCAUCUUUUUCACCUGUACGUGUCUAAGGAAAGAGAGUAUGUCUCCCAGUUAUCAAAAAAACAGGCCAGAUAUGAAACACAUGCUCACCCUCAUCAAUACACAGGAAAUGACAACUUUCCAGGAUUUAAACAGCGACAUCACUUACAAAACUGGGCAUACCUCAAGUUCUGUCUAAUGUGACGUUGACGGCACUGCGUGUUGAUCAGUAAACACAACAUAAAUUGGAUGGCCAAGUGCUACAGAGAGGAAAUAAAGGAUAAUAUAUGGCCUCUUCAGAACAGCCUGAAAGUGUAGGUAACCUGUCAGUGUUCUGCUUGUGCUAGACAAGCCUUUGAAAAGCACUGCUGUGUGCUACAGGAACUUUUUGGGAAUUAGGUGGCUAAGAAAUACCAUUGCAGCUGGUGUUUUGAUGCUGUUAUGAAGUUGAUAGCAACUUCAUUUCACUCUGCCAUGCAGCCCUUUUGUUCCGAGCAAGAACACUCCUAUGAUAAGAAGACCAAGUUAUGGAGAAGCUGUGCCAGUGCAAAGCCGGUUAAUUAAGCUCUUCACUGAACUAAUAGCUCUCAUCUUUCAAAAGCAAGCACAACAGGUGCUGCUGUUUGAAAAGCUAAGUGUGUGGGGCUGUCUGUGUUCUGAGCCUGAUUCUGGAUGCAGUUCCUUUACUGCGAAAGGGAUGUAACUUGUCAUGUGAUGUUCAAGCAAGCUGAAGAGGUGACUUCAUACUCUUGUCCUGGGUGGAUCAAAUCAACAUUCACUUUUAAAUCUCAGAGUGACAGACAGGCUGAAAUGUAAGAAGGGAGAAAACAUUCUGGCAGCCUUUCUGUACCAGGAGAAUCUUUCUGUCUCUGCAGGAGAAGUAAGGACAUAUUUCCCUGGGGCAUCUCUUGAUGCAGCAGUCCAUAGGAAGUGUCAAUGAGACUCUUAACUUUAAAGCAGCAAAACCAAGAAUGAAGCAGCCAGUGGUAUUACGGACAUGUAAAGAUGACUUAUUUUGUGGUUUAUGAAACAUGGAGACAAAUGUAGGUGACACCUAUGUCGAUCAAGUUACAUGAGUGAUAUCCAUGGCUUGGAAGAUCCAUCCUUACCUUUGGGAUGAACUGAGUCAGCUAUGAGAUACAGGAAUGGGAGAUGAGACAUAUGAGCACAUGCUUUUGGUGUUGACUGUGUAUCGUAUACAAAACAGUUAAAUGGGAAGAGCUGAACUUAAGCAUACAAUGUAAAGGAAAGAAGACUUGUCCUCUCAGAGCAAAGAAAGCAAGAGAGGUUCUGGAGUCUGAAAUCAAGCAACCUUCCUUAUCAGGCUGCUGGUGCAGAAGGUGAAGCAAGAGGAGUAUAAAGUGACUGUGGGUGUUUUUGCCACAACAUGAGAAUUUGAGCCAAAACGUGAAUUUGGAAGCACUUAAUACAGUCUUAAAAAAAAAAAAUCCUUCAAGAGUUAUAGUGCAACAUUAGGAUUUUUGAUGCAGUUUGGAAUUACAGGCUAUAACAAGGAGGGUCUUUCUAUAAUCUUUUGACUGAUUUUUGAAGCGCCGAUGGGAGGAAAACACAGUACACCACUCAGUAUUGCCUCUGUGAGCAGUGUAGCUGUCUUCAUUGGUGGAGUUCAAGGGAUUCUUGAUCAGAAGAAUCAUUACAAGGGAUAUGCAAUUUACUUAAAGCAUGGUAAAUUAAUGCCACAUUUGCUUUUUUUAUAAUCAUUUUUUACAUGUAAAUGCAUGUAACACACUUGAAAUAAAAAUUCAGAGGUAAUCUACCAUUUGUCUUUGUGUACCACAUACAGCAAAUAAACCCAGAAAUACUCUGCAUAGAUUGCAUUUUAUUUUAGAAGCAGCGUAAUUACAUCAAAUAAUGUAGAUGCCUGAUCCUGUCUCUUCUGUGGGAGAUAGCAUGUAUGUGUGUUUAAUUGAUUAAACAAUGGAUCAUUUUAAACAUUUCUAAGGAACUAAGAUAUUCUAAAUUGUUCUCAAAAUCUCCCUUUGUGUCCAAAGUGCAUUCUAAACUACCUGUUCCCAACUGAGAGGCAAGUCAUUAGGGAAAGCAUGAGGGGGUUUCAGUCUACCCGUAGUCACUUUUAAACAAGGUGCACAAUCAUGGGUGACCUGUAUGUUUAGACGACCGUAAUGCGAACUGAAUGUGCCUGUGUAAUAACUGACAUAAGGUACAUCAAGUUUCUCCAUUUGGCCAGAAUGGCUUAAUAUCUGACAGCCAUGUUUUGUUUAUUUUUUUCACUAUUAUUAUGUUUUUCAUUAGGAGAGAAGACAAGAAGAAGAAAGGGAAAACUCACUUGAAAGGGGUUGAUAAUUAAUCAUCACCAAAGUCUGAAACACUUUAAAAAAUAUUUCCUCGCUGUAUAAAUAGAAUCAGAUCAGAUAAUACAGGAUGAGAAAAGGGACUUUGUGUAAGCAACAAUACCCAUUAUUUUUUCCCCGAGCCAAACUGUCUGCAAUGUAGAAGAUGCGGCCUGAGGCAACAACACUGGGAGUCGAAUUUCAGGCUCAGAAGUUUCAGGCUGGUUGAUUCUGGGGAUUUGUUGUAGACUCAGCUGUGCAGUAGAAGUGAUCAUGUUCAAGGCCGCUUAAAUGUGUUAAAGAGUUUAGAAAGCAUAAGCAGUGAGAAAGUCUUAUGCCGAGAUGCUUGACUGAAUCAGAGAGCUGAAGAGAAACAGGCAAUGUCCUAAAACGGUGAAGGCGUCUGCACGGCUGGGGUAUAAAGGAUGUAGAAAACUAUUGUGGCAUUGUAGGACAAAAACUAACAUUAGAUAUUAGAGAUAUUAUGUAUGAGUACCAGACAACUGAAAGAUAAAAGCUGGCAUAUUACAGCAACUUCAACACUAACAGGGAAGGAAAAAACAGUCACGUGUUGGCCAAAAACCUUACAGAACGAGCUGUACAAUUAACAUAGUUUCACAGUUACUGGCUCAGCUAGCCCAGCAUAGAGGAGAUGAGCACACGCACACUUCUUUAGACUUUAUUACUUUGUUAUUAAAGGGAAUGUAUUGUGGAUUGCACAAUCAAGAGUCUGUUCUGAUUAUACAGAUUAAUUGGUUUUUUGGACAGAAAAACUGCUUUAUUCCCCACCCUUCUUAUUAUUGAUGCCUUUAGUUUUGCAUGAUAAUGUAAAAGCAUAUUUGUAUGCUAGAACUGUUCAUUGUAUUACUGUCUUACAAUACACUUUAGAAUCGGGAAUUCAGUUAAUCUUAAUAA